GCGGAAUGAGGCAGGACCACUUCCGGCUGGGGAGGGGGAGUGGACAGGCUUAGACCUAAGGAGAGGCUUGGAGAGAGAAGACGCCUUCUGGACUCAAGAGGACGAGACUGCUUCACCUCAGGUUCAGCUGUUACUUGGCCUCCCAGAAAAAUGGAUAGGAGAAAUAACUACGGUUAUAGGAUGCCCCUGUUCCAGACUCAGGUUGCUGCUGCUGUCCAGACCCUGGCAGAUGACUACCUGGCUCAGCUGAGUCUGGAGCCCACAACAAGGACCCAGGGCAAGAGGAACCAAAAGUUCAAGCAUGUGAAUGGGAAUGAGAGAGGUGGCCAUAAUUACAGGUGGAUCCCAUGGGGCCAGAGGUCUCUACCCACCCGAGAUGUGGCCAUUUUGCAAGAAAGCGCAGAUAAGUUGGUGAAAUAUCUGUUGGUUAAGGACCAGACCAAGAUCCCCAUCAAAUACUCAGACAUGCUGAAGGAUAUCAUCCAAGAAUAUGAUGAAUAUUUCCCAGAGGUCACUGAACAAGCAAGCUAUGCUCUGGAAAAGAUGUUUCAAGUCAAUCUGAAGGAAAUUGAUAAGCAGAGUAGUGUGUAUAUUCUCAUCAGCAUUCAGGAAUCCUCCGCAGGCAUACUGGGAACAACCAAGGACUCCCCGAAGCUGGGUCUUCUCAUGGUGCUUCUUAGCAUCAUCUUCAUGAAUGGAAAUCGGUCCAGUGAGGCUGUCAUCUGGGAGGUGCUGCGCAAGUUGGGGCUGCGCCCUGGGAUGAGGCACUUGCUCUUUGGGGAAGUGAGGAAACUCAUCACAGACGAGUUUGUGAAGCAGAAGUACCUGGAGUACAAGAGGGUCACCAACAGCAGCCCACCUGAAUAUGAGUUCUUCUGGGGUUUGUGUUUCUACCAUGAGACUAGCAAGAUGAAAAUCCUGGAAUUUGCCUGCAAGGUGCAGAAGAAAGGCCCCAAGGACUGGGCUGCUCAGUACCAGGAGGCAGUGGAGAUGGAGGUCCAGGCUGCAGCUGUGGCUGUGGCUGAGGCUGAGGGCAGGGCUGAGGCAAGAGCUCAAAUGGGAAUUGGAGAGGAAGCUGUGGCUGGGCCCAGGAAUUGGGAUGGCAUGGAUAUCAACUGCCUAACAAUGGAAGAGUUAGGCAAUGAUGCUGAGGCCAGAGCCCAAGAAAAUGCAGAUGUCAGCACCAACAUCGACUUCAGCAGAGGAGAUAACACCAGAGCUAGCUUACACAAUGGUGCUAGUAUUAGCUUAUGUGGUGCACCCAGUCCCAGUGGUGGCUUUGGUGAUGGAACUGGCAUUAGUUUUGGUGGCACAUCCACCACCUGCUCCAAUAUCAGUGGUAGAACCAGUGUUAGCUUUGGUGGCAUACCUUGUACCACUACCAGUUUCAGUGGUGGAGUCAGCUCUGGGUUUGGAGGCAUACUCAUCCCCGCUGCUAGCUUCAGUGGUGCGCUCAUUACCAGUGCCAGCUUUGGCAGUGCACCCAGCACCAGUGUAGUCUUUAGUGGUGCACUUAGUACCAGCACUGGCUUUGGUGGCACACUCAGUACCAGUGUCUGUUUUGGUGGCCCUCCUAGCUCUGGUGCCAGCUUUGGUGGCACGUUCACUGCUAGUGUCUGCCUUGGUGGUUCUCCUAGUACCAGCACUGGCUUUGAUAGCAUACUCAGCACCAGUGUCUCCUUCAGUGGCUCUUCCAGCACUGUUGCUGACUUUGGUGGUACACUAAGCACCAGCAUCUGCUUCAGUGGCUCUCCCAGUACUUGUGGCAGCUUUGGUGGUGCAAUCAGCACCCAUGUUGACUUUGGUGAUGCACUCAACACCAGUGCUGGUUUCAGCAGUGCUGUCAGCACUAGCAACAGCUUCAGUGGUGCACCCAUGACCAACUCUGACUUUGGAGGUAUGGUCAGCACUAGUACUGACCUCAGUGGACCACUUAGCUCCACUACUGACUUUGCUUUUAGCACCAGCAUUGGCUUUGGUGGAGGUCCCAGCACCAGCCUCUGCUUUGGCAAUGUGUCUAAUACCAAUCUAUGUUUUGGUGGCCCUCCUGGCAUCAGCACCUGCUUUAGUGGAGCUACCAGUGUUAGUUUUGUUAAUGAACUUAGCACCAGUGUGGGUUUUAACUUUGGCAAUGGAUUAAGUACUGACACUGGAUUUGGUGGUGGACUGACCACCAGCACUAGCUUUGGUGGUCGACUAAGCACCUCUGCUGGUUUCAGUGGUGGACUGAGCACCAGUGCUGGCUUUAGUAGUGGACUGAUCUCCAGCAAUGGCUUUGAUGGUGGACUGGGCACCAAUGCUGGUUCUAGCAGCACAUUUGGCACCAGGGCUGGCUUUAGUGGUAGCCUCAACAUCAGUGAUGGCUAUGGUGGUGGGCCUAAUACCAGCUUUAAUGGAGGACUGAGUACUGUCAUUGGCUUUGGCAGUGGUUCCAACACCAGCAUUGGCUUUGCUGGCGAACUCAGCACCAGCAUUGGCUUCAACGGUGGACCCAGUUUUAUCGUUGGCUUCAGUGGUGCACUGAACAGCAGUGCUGGCUUCAACAGUGGACUGAGCAACGGUGCUGCCUUUGGUGUUGGAGUCAUCAGCCUUGGUGCCUGUAGUUUCUUCUAUGGCUAGAGAGGUUUCAGGUUUAUUUCCCAUGUUUACAGAUACCAUUAAUGAGUUGCAGCAGUCCUUCCUUCUCGUGGAGCCAAGGUACAUCCUUGAAAUCUUUGUUCACCCAGCAGUCUAAGCAAAUACUACCGAUCAGCUGAAGUUGGCAUGCUAUAAAAAAUUGGGUUGCCAAUCUUGCUUUAUUGUUUGCUUUUUGUGUGCUGUCAUAUUUGGUAUCACAGUUACAUUAAAUUUGCAAAAUGA